AUGAAUCCUACAUAUGACGGUAUCCCUCUCCAGCAGGAUAACUAUGCUUUGACAAUUCUUACCCAAGCGGCUAUGCAAACAAACACUAUUAAUACUUCUUCAUCCAAUAACUCCGAUUCGAUAUCCAGCGCUACUGGCUCUGGCUUUCCAAGUAAUAAUCGCUCUAAAAUCGAUAGUGCUUUGAAAACCCGAGACGCCGGUUACCACUCACGUGCAACGCCCGCCACAACAUCAUUAUCUUCAUCGACGAUCAGUAAUCAUCCUACCGAUAUAUCACAAUAUCAUCUUUCACCUUCCGUAUCCAACCUCACUCAAGAUUACACGAGACCUCAUCGAGCCAUGGAGUCCCUUUUGUUCAACCCUACAGAACAGGUCUCACAGAAUGUCUUCAUGAAUCAUCCAUUUCAGCCAAUAUAUCCUGGUAGUCUGGGUAUUUUGAACGCAGAGAAGUAUGAUGAUGGAAGAAGUUCAAUUGGAUCUCACAAUCCGAGUAUGAUGAGUAUGAGGGGUCAGAUGCAGAACCCGAUGCCCUUUGGAAUGUUGGAGAAGAAUGGGGAUAGUAGUGAUACAAAACCACCAAGUGAGGAGCAUGAGAAUGGGAAGAAGCGAAGGAAGAGAGCCAGAAAUGAGUCUCCAAGUCUUGAGGACGAUGAAGAAGCUCGAAAAAAGGCAAGAGGAAGACCGAGAGUCGAUACUAAGGAUGAAACUGCUGCUGAUAGACGAAGAACUCAAAUUCGAAUGGCCCAGAGAGCUUACCGUCAUCGCAAAGAGACAACUAUUUCUUCUCUAGAGAAGCAAGUUCAAGAGCUUCGGGGUACAAAUGAGGAGAUGAAUAAUAUAUUCAUCAACCUUUAUGAUUUUGCCAUCAGUAAAGGCCUUCUGCAGCGUGAACCAGAAUUUGGUCAGCAACUUCAAUCAACUACGGAACAGUUCCUCGUGCUUGCAAAGCAGAGCGCAAGUGAUGAUAAUUCAAGGGACGGCGGUGACUCGCCGGAUAAGAUUACCCAUGAACCUCAUCUCGAGGCCAAAAAUUCUUUGGCUCGCCGUAGCAUUCAACGCUCAUCCCCUCCUAUCGCGCUCCCAAAAGAGCCGAUUCUCACCGAGGCUGUAAAUCCCUGGGGCGGAUAUACUGUGUCAAAGGACACCAGUUUUGAAGACGAAAGGCAGACCGAAGAUAGACAACAGGAUACAAAACCAACCAAACCUUUUGAAGUAAUCAGCAGGGCUACCGAAGAUAAUGCCAGUUUUCUUUUCGACUCGAUGGAUAUCCAGAACUAUCGGGCCGAGAUACCUUCUCCUACCAUUGAUCAUUUUUCUCAAGACUUUUAUCCGCACGUCCAGGUCCCACUCCCAGCUACACAUUCCUAUUUCGAGCUCUCAUUUGCACGUCGAGUGCACCGUGCAACGAUGGAACAAGGCUACCAGCUACUCACAAUGAAAAAUCCUCCCAAAAAACGAUUUCAGGAAGUCUUCGGCUUUUGCUUGACAUAUGAAACCAAGGACGAAAUUAUAGCACGAGUCACAAGGACCCUGAACAGUUCAGCUAAAGAAUCGCUUCAGAAUUGGCGUGCUCCAUUUGUUCAUCUUGGGGGCGCAGGCACAUACUAUCCUAAUCAAGGCCCAGAUACCGACAAUGAGUUCAUGCCUAAGUUUCGUACUGGAUUCUCCAUGGGCCCCUUUUCCGCAGCCUUUACGCCGAUUCGAGAAAAUAUCAAUUCUGACAUGAGAUGUAGCAUUAUUCCUGGCUUUGAAGGUGAAUUUUUCGAUUCCAACGAUGUCGAAGGAUAUCUUAGGGGCCAUGGAUUUGAUCUUCCUCCAGCUGCCGAUUUCAUCACAGGUCAGAUAGAUCUCGAGGUUUUAUCUGAGGUCGGCAGUCCAGGGACUGCUAGCACCGACUCGAGAUUCCCCCCUACACCUCGGAGUCCAAUCGGAAAUGUCAUCAAUGAAAAUAUUCAAAAUACGUACAAUUUUGACUAUAUCAAUGGCGAUCUGAGCAAGGAGGUGCAAACUGAUGGCACUUCAUCGUUUAUGACAUUUCCAUCGUGGAGUAAUGAUUCUUCCAAGGGGCCUAAUGUCUUCAAUUUAACUGGUCCAAUAUUUGAUGCUACAACCGGUCUCAAUUCUGGUAAUACUAGUCCCAUUAUUAGCGCCAACAAUAAGCAGUACACAGAGAAACGUACUGUGACAAUUAGUGUCGAAACUCUGAUAAGAGAAUUGGCUACUCAUGCAUCCUGCUUGGGGCGUGCUCCUGGAUACAGACGGUCCGACGUGAAUGCUGCUAUUAUUACCGCAGCAAGAGAAGCUGGAUUUUGA